AUGGAGAAUCCCGGCGUUAAUCUCUCCGAGACGAACGGCACACGCCUGCUGAUAACGAUUUCCAUCUUCUUGGCUUUGUCAUGGGUUGCUGUCACUCUCCGAACUUAUACCAGGGCGUAUCUGAUUCGUUCCUUUCGUACCGAUGAUUGGAUCAUGCUUAUAGCACAAGUGACUUUCACAAUUUACUCAGGCUUUCUCUAUGCUGGGCUUGAGGCGGGCAUAGGCCGUCAUAAUGCCGCUAUAGAGGAUGCCGAUCGUGAAGUCGCCGCACUCAAGUGGCAAGCUCUGGCAAUCAGCAUGUAUAUCGUGCUGAUGCUGUUGAUCAAACUGAGUAUUGGAUUCUUCCUGUUGCGCAUCACCAUUCAUAUGACAGCGUACGUGCGGAUAAUCAGGGCGAGUUUGGCACUUAUAUUAAUCUCCAGUGCCGUUGUUUUCUUCUGGAAUAUCUUCCAGUGUAUCCCAGUCGAGAAGCAGUGGGAUUAUCGUAUUACGUAUGGACAGUGUGUUCAGCCGAAUGAAAUUGUUGUUGUGGCGUACGUCAUGAGUGCUAUCACGAUAGUGACGGACUUCUUCUAUGCCCUGAUCCCUAUUCCAAUGAUGUGGAAGGUCAAGAUGACUAUACAGGCGAAGGUGACUGUGGUUCUAAUUCUUGGAAUGGGAAUCUUCGCAAGUGUGGCAACCAUUCUUCGGAUCCGAUUGCUCCCAACCAUGGCCAACCUCGACGAUGUGCUCUAUGCUGGCACAGAUGCAAUGAUAUGGACCAUCAUCGAGGCUGCCCUUGCCAUCAUAGCCGCGAGCCUGGCCACUAUCCGCCCCCUUCUCCGUGUCUUGCGUGUCCGAGGUUUCGAAUCUUCAGACAGCUGCGAGAACAUUGAAGGUUUGGACCUGCAAGCGUUGGAGCCUCGGCCAGACCGACAGAGGCGAUUUCUCCAGUUCUAUGGCAUCAAUGACAUGCCGCUCACACACGACACUCGCCCGGCUACCAUCUUUUGUUUCCAUCACGACGACACCAAGUCGCAACAUGUGCAACUGGAUGAUACUGGAAGAGAGCCUUGA